GUUAAUCCGGAUUUACCCUGGAGCGACGCCCCUCGCUGCUAUUUUCCCCCACCACUUAUCAUCACUACGGGCUUCCAUUUGAGGGAGUUUCGCAUUGUUUCUGCCCCGCCAUAUUCGUCACAGGCCUCUGGUUUCAAAAAAGCGCCAUUUCUUUAAAAACACCGUCCGUCCCGUCUGCUCUUGCUGUACAAUUUUUUGCCUUUUCAUUAAAACACCUCUGCAAACCACCUUUACCAGAUCCGUUCUUGCAUCGGUUCAAUACCAAAUACCAGACCAUAACCAACAUGUCUUCCUCUCUCGAUCAACUCAAAGCCUGUGGCACCACUGUCGUCUGCGAUUCUGGUGAUUUCCACACCAUUGAGAAAUACAAGCCUCAAGAUGCCACCACGAACCCUUCUCUCAUCCUCGCCGCCUCCAAGAAGCCCGAAUACGCCAAGCUGAUCGACCCGGCGGUCGAGUAUGGCAAGAAGCACGGCAAGACCGUUGACGAGCAGGUCGAUGCCACUCUUGACCGACUCUUGGUCGAGUUUGGCAAGGAAAUCUUGCAGAUUGUCCCUGGCAAGGUCUCCACAGAAGUCGAUGCUCGAUUCUCCUUUGACACAAAGGCUUCCGUGGAGAAGGCUCGCCACAUCAUCGAGCUCUACAAAUCCAUCGGCAUUGACAAGUCUCGUGUCCUGAUCAAGAUUGCAUCCACAUGGGAAGGUAUCAAGGCCGCGGAGAUUCUACAAAAGGAAGGAAUCAACUGCAACUUGACCCUCAUGUUUUCUCUUGUCCAGGCCAUCGCUGCCGCUGAAGCCGGAGCCUUCCUCAUCUCCCCCUUCGUCGGCCGUAUCCUUGAUUGGUACAAGGCUGCCAUGAAGAAGGAUUUCCCUGCCAGCGAAGAUCCAGGUGUCAAGAGCGUUCACUCCAUCUUUAACUACUACAAGAAGUACGGCUACAACACCAUCGUCAUGGGUGCGUCCUUCCGAAACAUCGGUGAGAUCACCGAGUUGGCCGGUUGCGAUUACUUGACCAUCUCACCCAACCUUUUGGAGGAUCUGUACAACUCGAAAGAUGCCGUUCCUAAGAAGCUGGAUGCCAAGGCUGCCAGCUCUCUGGACAUCCAGAAGAAGAGCUACAUCAGUGACGAAGCUACCUUCCGUUUCGACUUCAAUGAGGAACAAAUGGCUGUCGAAAAGCUCCGUGAGGGUAUCAGCAAGUUCGCCGCCGAUGCCGUCACGUUGAAGGGCAUCCUGCGAGAAAAGAUCGAGAAGAGCUCUUAAGGUUCUUGAGAUUGUUAGCAGCUACCUAUUUGGACCUGAUAUCAGAUUGUGGAUGUGUGUGUGUCGAUUGGUUGGGUUUUUGAAGUGACGACCAUUUCGUGGAAACGACUUUCUUUCACCAAGACACCCCGAAAAAUUUCAUACUAGGUACUCCGUAUUAGAUUGGGCAUUUGGCAUGACAAGUACGAAAUUUGAAUUGAAUCCAGCUACGAAGUACUUUGUAUGGGAUUCAUUGAAUAUUGCUACGUAUCCGUGUCGAGUACAUAUUUCAUCAGGAUUUGAUUAUAGCAAUCCUCAUGCUCAUGUUCUUCUUUGUUA